AUUGAGCAAACCUCCAUCUGUCAAACAAACCAAACAAAACAUUCUGCGCUUGUUUUGGGAACGGUACGGCAUCAUCUGUCCGUAAAAUUGCCAGUUUAAUCAGUGUUAGCCAUGGAGCACAUUCCAUCCAUUCGACGACGGUCUUCAUUAUUUUCGACAAAUCAAGUCAGUGAUUCUGGUUCGGUUUCUAAUGAAGCCAUUAGAUACGAGAAGCAGCUUAGACAGGAAAUAAAAGAGUGGACCAAUUUGAUUCGGUCAAAGUAUGUUAAGUUACAACAAUUACGUACGGCGUCCUGCAAAGUUGAUCAGUCCAUCCUAACAGACGAACAGCGAAGAUAUCUAGCUGACGGUCCUACGGUGGAAAACUUUAUUGCGGAAACUGAGACAUUUGAUAAAGCUGUUACUGCUUACGUUACCCGCAAAUCCUUCCUGAUGGAGAGGAACGCAUACAUCGUCCAGGAAGCUAAAGCAUUGGUUGAACUUGAGCUGAAAGACUCAAUAGCUGACGAACUGGCCGACAGUAUCAUUGCAUAAAACUGUAUCAAAAAAGUAUGAUUAACGUAGAGCAUCGAAACGCAAUGAAAACAACGCUGCUUGCCGCAUUUCAAAUGA